AUGUGUGAUGCAAGCAAUUUACAUGGUGAGGAGCCCAUUGCAUUCAUUGCACAUCGCCAGGUAGUAAGGCCUCAGAAAGCCAAACCAAGGAUGGGACUAACAAAAAAUACAUCAUUCCAUUCAAAUAUCCCACACACAGCUGAUAACAUAUUCGGAAUCAUUUAUAUACUGUUUGGGUUAUGUUCUGUGCUAGGAAACAGCACUCUGCUGUAUAUUUCCUACAAGCGGAGGCACUUGCUGAAACCAGCAGAAUAUUUCAUAGUUAACCUUGCCUUGAGUGACCUGGCUAUGACUGUCACCUUGUACCCUCUCGCCAUUACCUCCAGCUUUUCUCACAGGUGGCUAUAUGGAAGACAUGUAUGCUUGUUCUAUGCGUUUUGUGGUGUACUGUUUGGCAUAUGCAGCCUAUCAACAGUUACACUGCUGAGUACAAUAUGCUGUAUGAAAGUCUGCUUUCCUGUGUAUGGAAACAGGUUUGGCCAUAAGCAGGGAUGUUUCCUUGUUGCCUGUGCCUGGCUAUAUGCAGCCAUAUUUGCAUUUUCACCUCUGUUGCACUGGGGAGAAUAUGGAGCAGAACCAUAUGGUACAGCUUGCUGUAUUGACUGGUACUCGUCUAAUAAAAGCAGAGUAGCAAUGUCCUACACAACAACGCUGUUUGUAUUGUGCUUUGUUAUACCAUGUGGAAUUAUAAUUACCUCCUAUACACUUAUCCUCGUAACUGUCAAGGAUUCUCGCAAAGCAGUGGAGCAACAUGGUGUUGCGGGUCCAUCCAGCAUGAACAAUGUGCAAAUCAUCAUCGUAAAGCUCAGCAUUGCUGUGUGUAUUGGAUUUUUCACAGCCUGGAGCCCAUAUGCAGUUAUUGCCAUGUGGGCAGCCUUCGGAUCUAUAGACAUUAUUCCACCUCUGGUGUUUGCGGUGCCCGCUGUGUUUGCCAAAUCGUCAACAAUUUACAAUCCAAUAAUUUACCUCUUUCUGAAACCCAAUUUUCGAAAUAUCCUUGCCAAGUACUUUCCUGCAGCGCAGGAGAUCUGCACGAGAUCUUGUCUUUACAUGGAUUCUCUGAAUAGCUGCCAUUAUCUCCCAGUUAUUCAGCUGUUUCACAAGCUUUUGAACAAAAGGAACACGCCAGCAAGUGACUCAGGCAAAUCCAUGGAGGAGUAUCCCUGCUACUCGUGUGAUCAAUGCAAAGACACGUUUGAAUACUUUAAAAAUUAUCCGCAUCACUGCCACGAAAUGUUGGGACCAACACCACACACCAAACAAGAUGGCAGCUGUUUGGACUCAAAUGAGCAAGCAAUGAGGAAAAACAGUGCAAAAAAGUCAAUAAAAGUCAUUGUGCAUGGGCAGAAAACAUCUGAAAGUGAUGACCUAGAAAUUACUUUAGAAGUUAUUCCGGUCUGCAGUAAAUGUGUUUAUUGAGAUAUAUUUUAUUCAGUUUGAUUUUAAAGAAAUGCUAACUUUUGUAAAUGGUUUAAAGGAUCGGCUUGCUUUAAUUUUUUAUGCCCUAUUGAAAUACUGAAAUCUGCAUACACUUUUCUGUAUCUAUUUUCAAAUAGCUUCAUUUCUCAGUUUUGGGAAGUUUUACUGGCUCUGCCUGUAGUUUUAGGCUACUGUCACACAAGUAUUUACACUAUCUUAUGUGAUACUAGCAUUAAGCAGUUACAGUAUACAUGGGGCCAGUGGUGUAUUCUCUGUCUGAUCAGAUAGAGACAUACAAGGGGCCAAACAGAAUGGCCACUUUCCUAUUGUCUUGAUAAUCCCUGCAAAAAGCACAAACCAUUGGAACAGAAGGAAGUGAAGAGGCUGCAUUGCUUCUUUACUCCCUCAUUUGUUAAGGCAUCAUGAAGCAGCCAUUAUGGUGCAUCAGCAGAUUACAUUUUUUAACCUGCCCAAUUCUUGAACUAACCAAUAUCAAUAGUAGAAGGAUAUCCAUCAUGGUCGGUGGGCUACCAUACACAUGUCAAUAAUUGUAUAAAACAACAUGGCUUCUAUUGUUCUUAUAUCACUAUUACAGUUGGCUGGUGAGGGGUGUAGUUUUGCAGAAGAGGGGGUGGUAUGGUGUCAGUGGGGAUGUGACCAGCUGAACACCACCAGCCCAUAAACAUCCUUUUUGAUAUUUUCAUUUCAGGGAAGGCUCUCAGCAUAUCUUACAUGUAUGGGAAGACAUCAUAGUCAAGCAUAGGUAUUCCCUCCAUACAAUUUUGCUGAAUAUGUCAUCAUAUAUUGUUGAUGAAAAUACCAGCAUGCAUUUGAGUCCAGAGGGAGAAAGUAUCAGCUGUCAAAGAGCUGUUGUAAAUAAGCUGUUCUGUGUAUGGAAACAGGGUGAAUUCCAAAUUAAGAAAACUUAAUGAAUUCCAAAUAAUAUACAUUUCUUUAAUUUUCCUUUAGAAUUUAUACAGAGAAAUAUCUCCGGUAAAGGACAUAUUAAUUUAUUCAUAAGAGUGAAAAGUAAAUGUUGUCCUAUGAUGUGCCCAUAUAUAACCACUUCACUGCCUGACUAAGCUCUAUGAAUGCAUAAUAGCUACUAGACAAUCACACAACGUCUAUUAUGGAGGUAGACUACCAAAUACUUCUGCAGUUAAAAAACAAACAAGAAGAAUUAAAGAGAAGAUAAAUAUUCAGUAGCCAUAACCUGAUGAGUGUCCGCCUGGGGCACCAGGGGGCCAACCAGAGAACCUGAUAUCAAGGGCCCACCAACCAGAGCCCUUUAAUGUUUGCAUCUUGCUAAGAAAAACAUUUGGUAUUCCCAUGUUUGAAAAAUUCAGUGUAACACAUUAAUAUAUCCAAAAACAAUUUGCCCACUAAAUGCCAGUUCAUUGAAGUCUAUGAGAAAUAUUUUAGACAUAGAGGUACCACAGCAGCCAGUAUGCCAGCUUCCAAAAAGACACAUCAAGGCUGUGCUCUCCUUUGCAUUGUUUGUUGUGUUAUUGCUAGUAAACAUUCUAUAAGACAACAAAAUGUGAAUACCCUGAGCCCAGAUUAUGUGAUCUUUUAGCUCUUUUACUCCCGUUUAGACUAGGCAAAUAAUUCUGGAAAA